UCCGUCUAGCGCCAACAUGCUUAUUUUCUGAUGAUGUGAGAAAAACGUCCUACUUGAAUAACUUGAUAUCAACUUGAUACCAAUUUUUGUCCAACCUUUAAUUUUUUUCCAUCACUCUCCCUCCAUCCUUUUUCUAACCAGUAAUUUUCUUCAGCCAUAUCAAUAUUAUCAGGGAUCGGAUGUGCAGGAAAUUCCUGUUGGAACGUGAUUGCUCUGUGCUGGGUUUUGGCGACCCACUGUGUUUCCGUGUGAUGAUCAUGAGCCUUUGAGUUGUGUCUGUCAGUGAGCGUUUUUCAAGGUUGAACGCAUUCGGCCAGCAUUCCGCCGCCGUUGACUGUGCACCUGGGAAUCUUGUGAUACAAAGCAUCUGUGACAUUUUCUACGUUCGAAACUGGCUGCCUUGUGCUGAGUUACCUGGCGACUUUUCCAUGUCGAUACCAGCGAAAAUAUUGCGAAGUGAUUCGAAUUUGUUGAUCUGUUGUCCAAUGCCGUGGUGUUAUGAUUAAACACUGACAAACUGCAAUCGAAAUCUGUGUGUUGUGGAAUCCACGUUUUACGCUGAAAAAUCUGGGAUUUCGCUCGUUGAUUAUUUUUCUUGAAGCAACCUUUAUGGUUCUUCAUCUUUAAGACGUGAAUCGCUCGUGUUGCCCGUCGCAUGGUCAGCACCGGGAUGUCGCUGUCCAUGUCCGGCAGUCUGCCGCCUCCGCAGGGGACACUGCCCACCGUCUCAGCCACGCCCACCGCCGCCACCAUCGACGCCCGCAAGCAGGAGCUGCUGGAGGCCCGUCUGGCCGGUGCCCAGCAGCAGCAUCAGCAGCAGCUCCAACAACAGCUGCAGCAGGGCUCCACCAGUAAUGGGGCGCUCUCGCAGCCCUCCACCCCGCAGCCGCCGCCCCCGCACAACGCCAUCACCAUCGCGGGGGCGCUGACACCCACCGGUCUCCAUGCCGUCGCGGCCGGGACCACCACGUGUAAAAUGGAUGGUUGGUUGCAGUACAUCCCGAUUAUGGAGGUGUCCAACUCGCCGGUGAAGAACCACUACGUCCUGAAUCUGCCGUUGAACAAUUUGAACAACCUGCCGCUCAGCCUGUCAGACCUGCAGCCGGCGCAAACCCCGCAAUCCUCCCCGGUACAGAUCAUUGCUCAGCCGCUGCUGACGGCCGCCGCCGCCAAUGCGGCCCUCAACCAGGCGCAGCAGCAGGCCCAGCUGCCCAGCAGCGCCAUCACCCCGGCGGAUACGCCCACCAGCACUACGCAGAAGGACGACAGUAAUGUCAGUGUGCGGAGUACGUCGUCGCAUUCCGCCGAGAAGGACGUCAUUAUUGAGAUACCCAAUGAUUAUCGGAACUCCGCCAGCAGUAGCUCAGUUACGCAGAUCCCGGCGGAUGUCAGUACGCAGCAGCCCAAAGCGGAGCCGCGGAAGAGGAAACGGCAGACCAAAGUGAAGGAAACGCCAGCGCCUCACAAGGGAAUGAAGCCGGAUCUGACGGCGUCCAGCCUGACCGCCACCAUCAUCAACAGCAACGGGCCGGUGGGGCGGAAGAUGGCGGAGUUCUACAAGAACAGCCAGGGCGCCCCCAUCUCCGUGUCCAUCGGACACGCGCGCACCAGCGGGCCGCAGAGCGUGACGCUGCAGAUGACCGGGUCGGGAUCGCGGUCGCCGCUGCACCUGCAGCAGUCCAACUCUUACAUGAACGCCCUCUCCGCCGCCCAGCUGGGCACCACUGUGAUGAGCAGCGCCGCAGGCGGACCACACCGGACGACGGCCGCGUCAUCGGCGUCCACGUCCGUCGCCUGCCAGACCGAUUUGACUACGAAAGAAAUCAGUGCGUUAUUCACGCGGCAGUCCAUGGAUAAAGCGGAUAAGGACAAGACCAUCCAGAGUUUUGAACUGAAAAUCUCUGAACUGCAAAAAGAAGUCGUACGAUUAAAGCACAAACUGGACACGUCCGAUGAGCGGCUGAGCAAGUGCGUGGAAAUGGAGAAGAAGCUGCUAAUAGAAAAGAGUUCCAUGGAGAAGAAAAGUGCGCGCUCCAAAUCCGUGCACAACCGCAUGAAGCUGGGCCAGUUCGUCACGCAGCGCGAAGGUGCCAAUUUCGAGGAGAAAUUCCUGGAUGGCUACGCGUUCAAUGAGCUGCACAAGCGCACGGAAGAGCUGGCCGCCGAGAAGGACGAGCUGGAUCGGCGGCGGAAGGCGCUGCAGAAGCGGAAGCCGACGGACAAGGCCAGCCGCGGCAAGGGCGCCCAGAACCAGAACGCCUCGGUCUUCGCCGUCAACCAGAGCGUCGUCAUCGCGCAGGCCGUGCAGGAUAACGACGCCGGCGCGGCCGGGGCCGCCGGGCUCAUGGGGCCGCCACCCUUCAGCCAGCUGUCCGCCGUCUCCACCGGCACGGCCAACGGACCCAACUGGAAUAUCGAUUUAAUCCAGCCCGAAGCCAGAGAUUGGACAUGGGCAGAUUACUAUCAGGAGGACGAGAUCCUGAAGCUGCGCACCGCCCAGCUGAAGAAGGACGAGCAGGACUGCCAAUCGGAGAUGGAGAAGCUGGAGCGUGAACGGCUGAUCCACAUCCGCGAGCUGAAGCGCAUCUACAACGAGGACCAGUCGCUGUUCCGGCACUGCCCGGUGCUGAACAAGCAGUACCUCCUCCUCUCCCUCAUCGGCAAGGGCGGCUUCAGCGAAGUCCACAAGGCCUUCGAUCUGGCCGAGCAGCGCUACGUCGCCGUGAAGAUCCACCAGCUGAUCAAGGAGUGGAAGGAGGAGAAGAAGGUCAACUAUAUCAAGCAUGCGGUACGGGAAUAUCAGAUCCAUAAACACCUGACCCAUCCGCGCGUGGUGAAACUGUACGACGUCUUCGAGAUUGACAACAAUUCGUUCGCCACGGUGUUGGAGUACGUGGAAGGCAACGAUCUGGACUUCUACCUGAAACAGCAGAAGACCAUUCCCGAGCGGGAAGCCCGCGCCAUCAUCGGCCAGGUGGUCAGCGCCUUGAAGUACUUCAACGAGCUCAAACCGCCUAUUAUCCACUACGAUCUGAAACCCGGUAAUAUUCUGCUGGGCCACGGGAACGCCUCCGGUGAGAUCAAGGUGACGGAUUUCGGGCUGAGCAAGGUAUGCGACGACGAGCACUACGACAGCGACUGCGGCAUGGACCUGACCUCGCAGGGCGCCGGCACCUACUGGUACCUGCCGCCCGAGGUCUUCGAGACCGGCGGCACCCCCAAGAUCUCCAGCAAGGUCGACGUCUGGAGUGUGGGGGUCAUCUUCUAUCAAAUGCUCUACGGCAAGAAGCCGUACGGUGAUAAGCAAUCUCAACGCGAAGUCCUCCAAAAUUCCAUCAUACUGAACGCCAAGGAGGUGGAGUUCUCCGCCAAGCCCACUAUCUCCCUGGAAGCCAAGAAUUUCAUCCGGCGGUGUCUAACACUGAAGAAAGAAGAGCGCCCCGACGUGCUGCAGCUAGUGAACGACGAGUACCUGCAGCUGGGCACCAAACUGACCAAGGGCAGCAGCAGCGCCUCCUCCUCCCUGGACCGCACCGUGUCGGCGCUGUCCUCGGCCUACUCCAUCCCGGGGACGCCCUCCGGCAGCGCCAUCCCAGGCGCCAGCAAUAUCUUCCUCACCUGAUCCCCCCGCCCGCCUUCCUUCCCUUUUUCCACCGUCAACCGAUCGGCUUGAAUUCCUCCCAGUGCGCAUUGUGAUUGGACCGAGCGAGAAACCGAGAACAGAAGCGGAAAACACCGGAAAAAUGCGGUGUUGUGGUGGCGCCGGCGCGAGGAGUACUUUGAAUGUGAUACAAAUCAGGGGAGGGUGUUUGUUGUUUGGACCGCUUACUAAGGGGGGCUGGAUGCGUGUCAAUGUGUGAGUGGGUGUGUUCUUCCACGGAGCGCUUUCUCCCGGAUUUUUCGGAACGCCGAUGCGGCGCGGGUUGGUUCUUUCUUUUUCCUCUCCUUUUUCUUCUUCUUUUUUUGUAUGUAAUUUUCCCGUUGCGACGGUUCUGGUGCUCCGGCAUGUUUAGCGUUGCGAGCUGGUUGCGAUACAUGAUUGAUUGUUGGUUGGUUUUUUUGAUAACUGGAAGAAUUAAUUUUAUUCAAUUUUUUCCCCGAACGGCUUUUUACCAUGGAAUUACAUGCAGUGUGCGCUUAAAUGGUUAAUUUAAUCUUCUUUUUUUGAUUUGGGGGGCGCUGUGUUGGCUGUGCAGUGCUUUUUUCUAUCGGUUAAUGAUUAUGCUGCAUUCGAUGGCUGAUGUGUUUUUUAAAUUGGUUGGAGGCAAAAGUCUUUGAUCGACGGAUUCAAACAGUAAAAAAAGGCUAACAUCGUGA